GGUUUUUGUUUGUUUCAUCAAACCUUUUUUCUUGUGAAUUUAAUUUUUUACUUCUUAAUUGUUCUUAUUUAGAAUUAAUUGUUUAUUUAAUUUGUUUGAUUGUUUAACAUAAUUGUGACUUAGUGAUCGUGAUUUAGUCAAAUCUCAGUUUUUAUUCUGCUCUGAUGGGUCAGAACCAAUCCUUUUUCAACAACAGGGGUGCUGGGUCUGGUCAAGGAGGUGAUGCUGGUGAGGGUAAAGAUGGGAAGAAGGCAAAAAAAGAACGAAACCGACCUUUGCCCACACCCGCUCGUGGUCGUGGCAGAAGGAAAGGAAAGGGUCCUGAUGCUGCUUCUAAAUUACCCAUGGUCACCCCACAUACUCGAUGCCGUCUUAAGUUACUCAAAUUAGAAAGAAUUCAUGAUUGGCUGCUAAUGGAGGAAGAGUUUCUCAAAAACUCAAAAGUUCAAACUAAAAUUGAUAAUGAAGAUGAAAACGAUGAAAGAAACAAAGUUGAUGACUGUCGUGGUACUCCCAUGUCAGUUGGUAAUCUUGAAGAGAUUAUCGAUGAUAAUCAUGCAAUAGUCUCAACUUCUGUGGGAAGUGAGCAUUACGUAUCCAUAUUAUCAUUUGUGGAUAAAGAGCAACUUGAACCAAAUUGCUCAGUUCUGUUAAAUCAUAAAGUUCAUGCCGUUGUUGGGGUUCUUAGUGAUGACACAGAUCCCAUGGUGAAUGUGAUGAAACUAGAAAAGGCUCCUCAAGAAACUUAUGCUGAUAUUGGUGGUUUAGAUCAACAAAUACAAGAAAUUAAGGAGUCUGUUGAGCUUCCGUUAACCCAUCCAGAAUAUUAUGAGGAAAUGGGCAUCAAACCACCAAAAGGAGUCAUUCUUUAUGGUCCUCCUGGUACUGGAAAAACAUUAUUAGCCAAAGCUGUGGCUAAUCAAACUUCAGCCACGUUUUUGCGAGUUGUUGGCUCAGAAUUGAUCCAAAAAUAUCUUGGAGAUGGACCUAAAUUAGUUAGAGAAUUAUUUAGAGUUGCUGAAGAACAUGCACCUUCCAUCGUCUUCAUCGAUGAAAUUGAUGCCAUUGGUACUAAACGUUAUGAUUCAAAUUCUGGUGGUGAACGAGAAAUUCAAAGAACCAUGUUGGAAUUACUUAAUCAAUUGGACGGUUUUGAUUCUCGUGGUGAUGUCAAAGUUGUUAUGGCAACUAAUAGAAUUGAAACUCUUGAUCCAGCUCUCAUUCGACCUGGUAGAAUUGAUCGAAAGAUUGAAUUUCCUCUUCCCGAUGAAAAAACCAAGAGACGAAUUUUUACCAUUCAUACCUCAAGAAUGACCCUUGCGGAAGAUGUAAACUUCGAUGAAAUUGUUUUAUCAAAGGAUGACCUUAGUGGAGCAGAUAUCAAAGCGAUCUGUACCGAAGCAGGUCUAAUGGCUCUCCGUGAAAGACGGAUGAAAGUGACCAAUGAAGAUUUCAAAAAAUCUAAAGAAAACGUUUUGUACAGAAAGAAAGAGGGAUCACCUGAAUCUUUGUAUCUUUAGACUAAAAAUAUUUUUUCCCAUUUACUAUAUGAAAGAAAAUAAAUCCAGGGAUAUACAAGAUUUUCUUUUUAACAA